CGUCUCGAGGAUACCUGUGCUCUCAAUCGCAUCGAAAACAUUCAACUCGGCAUCGGUUUAUUUCACCUUCUCAUGAACUUUGCAUGGAUGAUCCUCUCGACUCACAGAGGUGCUAUCGAGCAGGCGGGUAGCCUUGCAUGGUACAUUGGACGCCUAGGGCUUUCUCGACUCGGAAACUCGAAGCCCGACUAUCAGACUCUGGUCGAUCUAUUUACUGUUGUUCUACAAGCGAACGUUCUAGUCUACUGGGAACUGACCACAGGAAAAUCGCUUGACGAGCUUUCAAAGGAGAAGCCGACCGCUGCUCAGCUACUCGAUCUUGCGCGUCAGAUGCACGCCAAAUAU